AAUUAAUGCAAAUUUUGACCUUACUAAAAAUUAACUAUGGUUCGAUUUUUGAGUUUUGGUUGCAAACCCACAAAAUGUUUUAAGCCCUCAAUAAUAUUAGAAAACUAUUUAAAUGAAUACGUAGAAGCUAUCUGCUGCCUUUGCACAAACUACAGGUUCGGUUCCUACUUUUACACCAUGUGUCUGGCCAUAUUUGGUAUGGUGCUGACAUUGGCGGAUAUUUGUAGAACGGUAACCAACGGUCCUCUGGCCAUUUGCAAGUCGAGAAAAGUCUACCCAAACAACGAUUGGUUUUUAUGUCCUCGGCUGGAAAGAGAUUUAAACUUGAUGGGAAGUUUCUUCAACCUGCUGAUGUACAUAUUUCUACUGAUUGGCCUGCUAUCAAGCAAACAGUUCUUCUUGUUCACCUAUCUGGUGUACAAAUUAAUAAUCCUGACCGGGGUUCUGCUAGUCUACCUGAUUCAUGUCAUUAAGAUGAACAACAUCGCAACAAAAUGGAACCUCAUAGUGCUUGCUUUCAGCGUGCAUAAUAUGGUACAAGUGGCAUGUAUACUGAUCAGCUUUACGUAAUUUUAUAAAUAAAGCUAAUAAAACAAC